CCAUGGCUCCUGAGAGGCCUGGGGGUACUUGUGGGGGGCUUGUCCUGUUCUUCUGGGGAAGGGUGGAAAGAAAGAUGCAGGAAGGGGAGGGUGCCUGCUGCCGCGGGCAGGGGGCGGGAAGCAGAGGCUUUGCGGAAGUGUGUCUAGUUUACCUCACAGGGCCCUUUUCCAGCUGCACAAGAUGCAGCUAGAACUUUCCUUCUUCCAGGGCCAGCCCCGGACUAGCCCCGCUGCCAUGUCCGUCAGCCGCCACGAGAACCGCAAGUCCCGCUCCAGCUCCGGCUCCAUGAACAUCCACCUCUUCCACAAGCCGGGCCAUGCCGACAGCCUCCUGACCCAGCUCAACCUGCUGCGCAAGCGGCGUCUCUUCACCGACGUGGUGCUGCGGGCGGGGAACCAGGCCUUCCCCUGCCAUCGGGCCGUGUUCGAUGCCAUGUUCAACGGGGGGCUGAAGGAGAGCAGGGAUGCGGAGGUCAACUUCCACGAUUCCCUGCACCCAGAGGUGCUGGAGCUGCUGCUCGACUACAUCUACUCAGCCCGGGUGCUGAUCAACGAGGAGAACGCCGAGUCCCUGUUGGAGGCCGGGGACAUGCUGCAGUUCCAGGAUAUCCGUGACGCUUCAGCUGACUUCCUGGAGAAAAACCUGCACCCAGCCAACUGCCUCAACAUGCUGCUGCUGUCCUACGCCCACUGCUGCGAGAGGCUGCUGGAGCUGUCCUGGAGGAUGGCGCUGGCCAACUUUGCGGCGCUCUACCAGACAGAGGACUUCCUCCGGUUGCCCAAAGACAAGCUGCUGGAGCUGGUGGAGAGCGAGGAGCUGGAGGUGGAGGACGAGAGCCUGGUGUACGAAGCCGUCAUCGGCUGGAUCCGGUACGACUUGCCCCAGCGGCAUGAUGACCUGCCCGAGCUGUUGCGCUCGGUCCGCCUGGCCCUCCUGCCAGAGUCUUAUCUGCGGAACCAGGUGGCCACCGAAGAGCUAGUGACCAGCCACAAGCUGGGAGGGGAGAUCGUGGCCGACGCGCUGCGCUGCAAGAUGAAGAUCCUUCAGAACGACGGGCCGGUGUCGGGUUUCUGUGCCCAGCCUCGGAAGGUCAGCCAGGCCCUGCUGCUGCUUGGGGGCCAGACGUUCGUGUGUGACAAAAUCUACAUGGUCGACCGGCAGACGAGCGAGAUCAUCCCGCGCACCGACAUCCCCAGCCCUCGCAAGGAGUGCAGCGCCUGUGCGCUCGGCUGCAAAGUGUACGUCACCGGGGGCAAGAGCUCCGAGAACGGCGCCUCCAAAGAUGUCUGGGUUUACGACACUCUCCACGAUGAGUGGGCGAAGGCCGCGCCCAUGCUGGUGGCCCGCUUUGGCCACGGCUCUGCCGAGCUGGGCCAUUGUCUCUACGUAGUCGGCGGCCACACGGCGGUAAAUGGCUCCUUCCCGGCUUCGCCCUCCGUCUCGCUGAAGCAGGUCGAACACUACGACCCCCAGAUGGACAAGUGGUCCCUGGUGGCCCCUCUCCGGGAGGGCGUGAGCAACGCUGCCGUGGUGGGGGCCAAAAUGAAGCUGUUUGUCUUUGGGGGCACCAGCGUGAGCCAGGAGAAGCUGCCCAAAGUGCAAUGCUUUGACCCUGGCCAGAACCGCUGGACGGUGCCUGCCAGCUGCCCCCAGCCCUGGCGCUACACGGCUGCGGCAGUGGUGGGCAGCCACGUGAUCGUGAUCGGGGGCGACACGGAGUUCUCGGCCAGCUCUGCAUACCGCUUCCACAGCGACACCUACCAGUGGUCCAAAUUCGGGGACGUGACUGCUAAACGCAUCAGCUGUCAGGCGGUCACCUCGGGAAACCGGCUGUACGUGGUGGGGGGCUACUGCGGGACUCAGCGCUGCAAGACUUUGGACUGCUACGACCCCUCCUCCGACACCUGGAGCAGCGUCACGACCGUGCCCUACUCCCUCAUCCCCACCGCCUUUGUCAGCACUUGGAAAUACCUGUCUGCCUGAGCCACGCCCCGGGACUGGAAAGGUUUCGCCAGGAGCUGUAGGUGUCAGGUGCCACCGUGCCCGCUUCUCACUUCGCCACGCGUCCACGCGGAGGACCCGGGCAGGCGAGCACCACCCCUUACGUCGGCGUUGUGAGGACUCGCAACUCAGCCCUCCCAUCCGCAGGAGGCGUGUAGGGCAGGACGGUCCCCUUGGGUAUCAGACACCGGGUUGCACAGUCGCAACACUUUUGGAGGGCUUCGGAUUGAUUCUGAAGAGAGCUUAAGGGGCAAAGCUCCAGCAUAGCUAGCUGGCCGGCUCUUUGGAGAAGGUGGCAGGGCAGGUUUUCCAAGGGACGGGUUCCGUUUCCUUUGCAGACAUUGUCACUUUUUUCAGCUCAGGCACUGGUCCAAGAAGGGAGGAACCCUUUGUGUUCCCUACAGCUGCCCCGUGCUGUCAGUAACAGUCGCUGUCACCAGCAUCUGCAGCACUGUGAGCAGCAGGUGGUUGUUUCACAGCUCGGGGUGAGCAAGCCAGUAUUUCUGAUGGACCUGUUGUCCGCUGGAAGGGGCGGAGCUGUUUCUAACUGGCAGCAGCUGGCCACCGGGUUCUGAUGCUGCUCCAGUGACAAAUGCACAAAAUGUCUUACGGGGUGUGAAGGGCCAGCGAGCUGGUUUGCUACAGUGUUUUUUUUUUUUCUUUACACAGCAGCCUGGUGCUGCUUCAAUAAACCUUAAUAAAA